AUGGAGAUUCAAGAAUUUGAAAGACUGGAGAGUUUAACCGCGUCUCUUCUUUGGAGCUGCAGGACGUUCUCUUCCAAGGACUUUGUGGAGGUGUAUGACAUCAUCUACAACCACUGUACAGAGGUGACGGCAACGUUUGAGACGAAGGGGGCGAAGGUGUAUGAGUGUCUUGAGAGGGUUCUUUUGUCGCAUGUGGACCGUUUGAGAUGCUUUACGUCUCUCAAGACUCUUCACGGGCAGCUGGCUGAGUUUUCAAAUGCCUUAGACCUCGUAUCCAAGGCCUACUCGUACUUGGGAAGAUACUUUAUCAAGAUCAGCAUGGAGAGAAGGGACGGACACAUUCAAGACAUUCGAACACUGGGGCACAGUGUGUUCUAUAGGAGAUAUAUGGAGAGGAUUAUGGGCCAGGCAAGGGAGAUAAUCUUCUUUGAGAUUGGGGUUUCGAGGAGUAGCAAGGACUACAACUUCCAGAGGCUUGGGGAGGCUGUGCGGCUCCUCAAGAGGAUGCUAUUCUACUGCGACGAGUCCUCUGUGUAUGAGGAUAUUGUGCAGGGAUAUCUUGAUGGAUUCCACAGGUCGAUGGACUUUAGCGGGGACAUUAGCAAGGUUUUGAAAAGAGUGUACUUGGAGAUAUACAUAGCCUCGAAGGUCUUUGAGCCUGACAACAACAGAUUGUACAAGGAGAUUGCAUCCAGGGUGCGGGACAGGUUCGAUGAUGUCCUAAGGCUCCUUGGGUGGAAGAUGGAGAGGUUUGAGAAGUUUAAGUUAUAUGUGAAGAUUGUCCACUUUAUGGAGCCUGAGUACAUGGGAAGGGUUGGGGAGAAGUACAGGGAGAUUAUUCGGAAGAAGAUACUUUGUGCUGGAGGUCUCGGGGACCUGACUCGGGAGUACCUCCGGAUUUGCAAGCAGAUGAAGGAGAAUCUGAUGGAUGAUGAGGAGAUGGUUUUGUAUCUAAACGAAGAGAUAAGGAAGCACCUGCAUAUUUCUGGAAGACUCGGAUUUGAGGACGAGGUCCACAGACAUAUUGACAGGGCUGUAAGAAAGGGAGAGGAGGUCUCUGGGGAAAUGGAGGUUCUUGUUGUCUUUGCAAGCUUGAUGUCGAACAAGGAGGUGGUUGCAGAAAGGAUAACACAGGAUGCACGGAAACGGAUGCUAGGAUGCAGCGGAGGGUUUGAAAGGGAAGGGAUGUUGGUUUCGCUGAUGGAAAAGCAUUUUGGAGGGGCCAUUAACAGGAGCAUGAGCAUCAUGUAUGAGAACCAGGUGAACUACGUAAGAAAUGGAUUCAAUAUAGCAGGGCAGAGUUCCGAGCUGAUUACGGAGACAAGGUUUCUAACAAAGGGGUUCUAUGAGCUGAAUGCAAGCGGAGAGAAUCUUCCGCAGCCUUUGAAAGAUAUAUGGAGGAUUGUGUCGCAGCCAAAGAUGGUGAAGUACCCAAGGGGGGAGCUGGCAUGCUGCCAUAGCCUAUCGCCAAUGAUAUUUUCGAUGAACGGGUUCAACUUCCGGAUGGGGACUGACAAGCUGCUAAUAAUGCUAUGGCUGAGUGUCGAUAGAGAGACACCCGACCUGAAGAGAUGUGUUGGGGGGUCUGGAUUUGAGGGGAAUCUCGAGUAUCUUCUAUCGCAUGGGUUUAUUGUAUGCACGGAUGGGAUUAUAUCGCUCAACAGAAUGUUUUCGCACAAGGAGUAUGCCUACAUAAGAAACAAGUACAGAGAUAGAGUUUAUCUUAUGGACUCUGACCACAACCUGGCCUUUGAGGGGGCUGAGGAGGGCAUGAAGGAGGCAGAGGAGAUUGUGGAUCUGUUUGAGAUUGAGUUUUCAAAGGUCAUGGCGAAGAAGGAGAUUGAGGCAGUGGGGCCUCUUGGGGCGAUUGUAGAGGCCAGAGUCAUGCGGAUGUUAAAAAGAAGAAAGAGGGUUGAGAUAUCUCGAAUGAUCAAAAUGAUUGGAGAUGAAUUUGGAGAUGACGAGAAGAGUGUUAUGGAGGCGAUUUGCAGGCUGGAUGAGAAGGAUUACUGCAAGGUUUGCGGAGACUAUCUUGAGUACAUUCCCUGA